UUUUUUGUUAUAAAUUUUUAUCGUUAUCUUUAUGAAAUAAUAAUAAUAAUUAUAAUAAUAAUGACAGUGUGAGAUGUUCAAGUGAGACGAUCGUUUCUAUUAAGUGUCGGUGAUAAUACGGGACGUAUUCUGUUUCCUUUUUUUUUUUUAUUUUUAUUUUUUUUUCUCUGAAUAUAUUUAUUUCAUCUUGAGAAAGAGAAGAAAACAAAAUUAAGGAAGAAAAGGGAGGAUACAGUAAUCAGUGACACCUCGUUGGAAACUUUCUCAUCAUCUUUUCUGAUACUCUUGAAGAAAUAGUCCGCUUCAACUGGACCUACCAUCCUUUCACAAAUAACUUUGGAUUAUCUGUGAAUCCAUCGCGCUUAUCUACACCUAAACAACCCCUUCCUGAAAUUGAUGAUACUCGACGUACCAUCGUGGUCAAAAGCCUUCUUUAAGGAUAAUGUCGCUAUAAAAUUGGAUACGGUUGAAACGGGUUGGCUGUUGGUUGGUUAUUGGCGGACAAUUAACAGUUCGUCACAGUUACAAGUAUGCCAGGGACAUGUUCAAUGGCCGAACCGGUUCAGGAUCGGCAAUAGUCAGUGAUGAGGAACGUCUCGUUUGGAACGGUGCGUCCCAGGUCGUCGGUGACAUGUCGGUUUUUGCUCUAGUUUCGGAUUUAUCUUCGAAACAUCGAAGAUUACUACUCAUUGCCAUUUUUAUACUGUCAUCAAUACCGUGCCAUCGAUGCUUGGAUUUAGGACAAUGCACCAACGCUCUGGGCAUGGAGAGCGGUGAAAUCCCCAAUGAAGACAUCACGGCAAGCUCCAUGUAUGAUCCCAGUCUUGGGCCGAAGCAUGCUAGAUUACGACAAGACAAGGGUGGUGGCGCAUGGUGUCCUAAAAACAUGGUAACAAAGGAAGGAAAAGAAUAUCUCGAAGUUAAUCUUCAUAAUCCUCGUAUUCUUACUUCGGUAAAGACACAAGGUAGAUUUGGAAACGGUCACGGUGUCGAGUACACAGAGGAAUACUUCGUCGAGUAUUGGCGUCCUGGGUUCAACAAGUGGGUGCGAUGGAGAAAUCGACGUGGCACUGAGCUUUUAGCAGGUAACAACAAUCCUUACACGGAGAAAGAACAAAUCUUCGAUCCCGCAAUUGUAGCUACGAAAAUUCGUUUCAUACCCUACACUUCGCAUAUGCGCAUGGUGUGUAUGCGCGUCGAGCUUUACGGCUGUCCAUGGAUCGAGGGUCUUGUCUCGUAUUCAAUGCCACAAGGAAUAAAAAGGGGCUCGGAGGUUGACCUUUCUGAUAGAACUUACGACGGUAUCGAGGAAGGGGGUUACCUCUCCGGAGGACUUGGUCAACUUGUCGACGGCCAGAAAGGUCCUGACAACUUCAGAUUGGACAUCAGUGGUAACGGUAAAGGAUACGAAUGGGUUGGAUGGAAAAACGACACGCCAAACAUGUUGGGCAAACCGGUCGAGAUAACGUUUGAAUUCGAUUAUUCAAGAAACUUCACUGCCAUUCACCUGCAUAUGAACAAUUAUUUUACCAAAGACGUGCAGGUAUUCUCAUACGCUAAGGUAUAUCUCGGCGUCGGUGGAAACCAGUUUAACGGUGAACCUGUCCAUUUCUCUUACAUACCAGACCUGGUGUUGGAACAAGCUCGCGAAGUUACAAUAAAGCUUCACUCGCGUGCAGCUCGUUUUCUCAAGCUUCAACUAUAUUUCGCGGCAAGGUGGAUCAUGCUCAGCGAAGUAAUCUUUGAAUCAGUUAUCUCAGAAUGGAACAACACUGACGACGAGGAAGCCAAGAACAAAAGUUCCAUUGUACUGGCGACUGGCAGCCCCUAUCAGAAUAACGAGGGUCCGUUGCAAAGGGACGAAGUGAAGGCCACUUUUAAUAAGGAGGAAAACAACGAUAACGCCUUUCCAGAUAAAAAACAAGAGCCCGAGACUAAACAAUUUGUUGGAUUGGUCAUUGGAAUCUUGACAACGGUUAUCAUAAUGCUUUUAGCAGCCAUUAUGUUUAUAUUCUAUCGGAACCGUAGACUCAAAGCAGCACUAGCACCUUCAACUUUUUACGAUCAACAGGCCGAUCUAAAGGUUUCGGUACAGGAAGAGAGCGAGGACAAGGGACCAAUUUGCCCCCCUCUACCAGCCCAAUACCAUCCUUCUACCUAUAACACGACAACACAGCUUCACGAGACCAUCGCCAAUUAUACAGGUGUGAGCGAGGUGCAACCAGUGUUACUGAACACGCCGAUCGAACUUGCCAGGCCAAUCCCAACGGUUCAAGAAUAUCCAACCAAUAAUCCACCGCCUAUACCACCACCACCGGAAAAAUAUUAUGCCAGUACAGAGAUCUGUAAGAGUCCUUUACCACCUUUACCACCAUCACCGACACCAAGUACAACAGCAGCCAUGAGUGCAAAAGCGUCAAGUAGCCUGACGAGUUACAGUGCUGAGGACACACUUACCGAGGAAGAGGAUGAUACAGCUGAGUGCAUCCUGGACUUCCCACGGGAAAAGCUCAACAUCGUUGAGAAUCUCGGAUGUGGAUAUUUCGGUGACGUACAUCUUUGCGAGGUCGACAGGUUUCCUGGAUACGAUGACGUCUUCAGGAACACAGACAGCGAUCAAGUCGUCGUUAAAUCUUUGAAGCCAGGAUCCUCGAAUGCUCUUAAGAUAGAAUUUCAACAAGAAGCAAAAAGAUUGGCACGUCUCAACGAUCGGAACGUUGGUCGACUGCUCGGUGCCAGUCUUGAGAAUGAUCCUAUGUGUAUCGUAUUGGAAAAUGGUGCUUAUGGGGAUUUGAAUCAGUAUCUACAAAAUCACAUAGCCGAAACUUCAACCGUGCACACUGCCAAGACACUGAGUUUCGGCACGUUGGUUUACAUGGCCACGCAAAUAGCAUCUGGCAUGAAGUACUUGGAGGAAAUGGACUUCGUGCAUCGGGAUCUAGCCACAAGAAAUUGUUUGGUAUGUACAAAUUAUACCAUCAAGAUAUCAGACUUGGGUACUGGAAGGAACGCAUACGCGGCCGAUUAUUUCCGAAUCGAAGGCCGACCACCUUUACCCAUAAGAUGGAUGGCUUGGGAAUCCAUGUUGAUGGGAAGGCACACGUCGAAGAGCGACGUCUGGGCUUUCGCUGUCACGCUCUGGGAAAUUUUAACCUUUGCCAGGGAACAACCCUUUGAAGAACUUCCGGAUCAUCGCGUGGUCGAGAAUGCGACGUAUUUUUACCAAGAGGAUGACAGACGAAUGAUACUACCACUGCCUAAGAACUGUCCUAAGGAGAUCUACGAACUGAUGCGUGAGUGUUGGCAACGUAACGACGUAGAUCGUCCAAACUUCCGUGAAAUACAUCUCUUCCUGCAAAGAAAAAAUCUUGGUUACAAGCCGAACACCUCUAACGACACUUGAUAUCGAGAAUUGGAAGGCUGGAACCUGAUCCGGCUUUCUAUGAUCGGCGAAUUGAACGGAAAUUGGUGGAACUGUCCCUCAUCGACCAACUUAGAACAAAUCGGUCCGAGUUAGUAACCGAAUUAGAGAUAAAGAGAAACUUCAAAUAGAAUGGGGGAAAAAAAAAAACAGAAGAAUGAGAACCAAAAAAAAGAAAAACAGAAAAAAAAGCUAAAACAAAAAUAGUGAUUGGUGAAAAAAGGGAUGAAUGCUUUAGGUUUAACGAGCCGUGAAUCGGCACCCUUUUUUCCGAUAAAAACGGCCUUCUAAUUGCAAAAACUUAUAGGCUUUCACGGUCUAAGGGCUAAUAGCGUGAGGAGAAAACAAAAUAAAGAAAAACAAACAAACAAAGAAAAAGGAAAGGGAAAUAUAAGAGAGAAGGUAUUGGGGGAUGGGGGAUGGGGGGUGUUAAGGGGAGGAGGCAAACGUAAUGUCGUUACCUCUAGUCGUUUUCUUUCUUGAAUUAUUGCCAAUUGGAAGUCCCAAAUCCGUGAUAUCCCAACGAUCCUCUUCAUGAAACGUCGAAAGGAUGAGAUAGAAAAAAAUAAAAGAAAAAGAAGUCUCAUGAAAAAAGUUCAAGACUAGGGAAAAGAAUAUCGAGCGGAUAAGACUGCUUUCCAACCCCCCCACCCGCACCCACUCACAACACCUUUUCUUCUCGUUGGGGGGUUGAGAGAUGCGAACAGCUUUGGUGUUUUUGAUUUUCCUCUUUUUCCUUUAUUUUCUUCUUUUUUUUCAUUUCUCUCUCUCUCUCUCUCUCGCGUGUGUUUGCUCUCCUUUCCAGUUAGCCGUUCUUAUAAAACUAAAUUGAGAAAAUGCAUCUCAGAAGAGAGAGAGAGAGAGAGAGAGAGAGGGAGAGAGGAAAAACAAAAAAGAAAAAGUUGAACAUUUAGGGAAUUGCUUAUUGAGGUCAUAGCAGAGAGAUGCAAUAUACAAAAUUUGGACCGAACGGGGUAUUUUGGAAGGAAAAGGUACUGUGCAUCCGUUCUUGAAUGUUUAUUUUUAAAACAUCGCUGAACAACAUUUCGCGUGCAUGCAAUUUUGUGCUUGUUAUCUUUUCUUUUUUUUUUGUUCUUGUUUUUCUUCUUCUUAUUUUUAAUUCAAUUACGUUUUUUUUUUUUUUAAAUCUUUUUUUCAUCACAUUCUUCCGUGCCAAUGCGCAUCAAAUUUAUAACUUACCUCUCAUUGAUUUGUCAUCGCACGAAACGUAAAAUAAAAGAAAUACCAACAAACAAAAAAUCAAGUAUAUGUAUAAUACGUAUACGUAACAAACUGGGCGUAACGUUUCUGCGUGCGUGUGGCAGUUCGAUCGGUAUUUUAUUUAUUCUUCUCUGGUAGAAGCACUAUAUAUAUAUAUAUAUAUAUAUCACAUGUAUCAUUUAUCAUAGUGAAACUUUCAGAUUUGGAGAAAUAUAAUAUUAUAUAGGAUGGAAUAACACGGUAAGCACAGAGUCGUAUACGCAUACAGUUAUACACAUACAGAUUCGGUAUACGUAUGCAUACAAAAUACAUAUGUAACAUAUGUACACAUAUGUAAGAGUAUAUCUCUACGGUAAGAUGGAUGGAUAACGAUUCUGAUCCAUAGUGUAUCCCCCCUCAUACAAAAUGAAAUCGGCGGUUUCCAGGUGCAAACGAUAGGUGGAUACACUCGCGUAUGUAUACACUGUUCGUCCCGAAAUUGAUACUGUCAGCAAAUAAGCUUACGACGACUGCCACCAACGCGAUUCUCGUGUCACGUUCGGAAUAUACGCGAAUCGGUCUACGAAAUCAGUAUAGCAUAUAUCUAUAAGGAUACAUAAGGAUUUUCUCACCAAACGAGUUAUAUCAACUACGAAUCGAUAGACAAUACUUUCUAACUUUUCAUAAUAAUAAACAUUGAAAUAAAUAAAUAUCUUUUUUUUUACGUUAAAUACUAUC